AUGUCCAACGGCAGCUCCAUCACCCAGUUCCUCCUCCUGGUGUUCACAGACAUGUGGGAGCUGCAGCUCUUGCACUUCUGGCUCUUCAGGGGCAUCUACCUGGCUGCUCUUCUGGGCAACGGCCUCCUCCCCCCCCCUGUAGCCUGUGACCACUGCCUCCACACCCCCAUGUACUUCUUCCUUCUCAACCUCUCCCUCCUUGACCUGGGCUCAAUCUCCACCACUCUCCCCAAAGCCACGGCCAAUUCCCUCUGGGACACCAGGGCCAUCUCCAACUUGGGAUGUGCUGCCCAUGUCUUUCUGUUUGUCUUUUUCAUCGUGGCAGAAUUUUCUCUUCUCACAAUCAUGGCCUACAACCGCCACGUUGCCAUCUGCAAACCCCUGCACUACGGGACCCUCCUGGGCAGCACAGCUUGUCUCAUCAUGACAGCAGCUGCCUGGGGCAGUGGGUUUCUCAAUGCUGUGCAGGGCAAUACAUUUUCAGUAUCUCUCUGCGAGGGAAAUGUGGACCAGUUCUUCUGUGAAAUCCCACAGAUCUUCAAGAUCUCCUGCUCACACCCCUACCUCAGGGAAGCCGGGCUUCUUGUGUUUUGUGUCUGUUUAGCAUUUGGGUGUUUUGUUUUCAUUCUCUUCUCCUAUGUGCAGAUCUUCAGGGCCGUGCUGAGGAUCCCCCCUAUGCAGGGACGGCACAAAGCCUUUUCCAUGCACCUGCCUCACCUGGCUGUGGUCUCCCUGUUUAUCAGCACUGCAGUUUUUGCCUACCUGAAGCCCCCUUCUGUCCCCUCCCCAUCCCUGGAUCUGGUGGUGGCGGUCCUGUACUCCGCUGCUCCAGCUGCGGCCUGGCUGAGGUGA